AUGCAUGCUAUGUGGAUGUCAGUGAGGGAAACUAUCAAAUGUGGUGGUAAGCUGAUAGAUGUUUCCCCACAGCAACAAAAACCAGACCAGUGCAAGUACAAAUGCAUAAGUUCUGAGAAGAAAACAGAUUAUUAUGAUGAGCUCACUCCCACAGAAUUCAACUCCACAUUUCAGCACAAGUACCCCCUGCGGAGAUGGUUUUAUGAACUGGAGAUUGGAGAUCCAUCUAGGAAUGUUAUUGAGAAGAUUUUCAGAGCAGCCUCAACAAAUCCAUCAAAGCAAAGUCGGAAAAUAAAGAAAGUUCUAAGAGUGAGCAAUACAACAGAUAUCUUUGAGAAAUUCGAGAAAUAUAGAGAAACUGUGAAGAGAAGGUCCUUUGAGCAAUAUAAGGCUGGGCACCCAAGAAGCAUAGUUGAUGGAAAUGAAUUGUUGCAGUUCCAUGUCACAACAAUGACUUGUUACAAUGGAAAAAGGAAAAUCAUUUCUGAGCUUUGUAAAGAUCCCAGCUGCUGUGUCUGUAGGCUACUUCAAUCCGGUUUCACAAAUUCAAGAGAUGGAAUUCAACUGAGCACAAGCAGUGAUGUCCCGUGCGAGCGCGCGAGUCGCUUCUCCAACAGAAAGAAUGUCAAGAGAGCUGUCAUAGUUUGCAGGAUAAUUGCUGGUAGGGUAGUAAAUAAGGAUGAUAUCAACCUUGAGGAAGAGUAUGAUUCAGUUGCAAGUGGACUUCAUCUCAGGUCACAGUGCUUGAUUGUAAAAGAUUCAAGUGCCGUACUCCCCUGCUUCGUCAUAGUUUUAAAUUGA